GGGGUCCUGGGCGGCCCCACCCCUCGCCCCUCCUCCGGGUGGUCGCUCUCGCCUUCCGGCUUUCGCUGCUGCCGCGAUCGGAUCUCCCCCUCCGCCUUCUCGAAGAGCCAUGGCUAACCUGGAGCGGACCUUCAUCGCCAUCAAGCCCGACGGCGUGCAGCGUGGCCUGGUGGGCGAGAUCAUCAAGCGCUUCGAGCAGAAGGGAUUCCGCCUGGUGGCCAUGAAGUUCGUGCGGGCUUCUGAGGAACACCUGAAGCAGCACUACAUUGACCUGAAAGACCGUCCCUUCUUUCCGGGGCUGGUGAAAUAUAUGAACUCUGGACCCGUGGUAGCCAUGGUCUGGGAGGGGCUGAAUGUGGUGAAGACUGGCCGAGUAAUGCUUGGAGAAACCAAUCCAGCAGAUUCUAAGCCAGGCACCAUUCGAGGGGACUUCUGCAUUCAAGUUGGCAGGAACAUCAUUCAUGGCAGUGACUCAGUAAAAAGUGCUGAGAAGGAAAUCAGCUUAUGGUUUAAGCCUGAAGAAUUGGUUGAUUAUAAGCCUUGUGCUCAUGACUGGGUCUAUGAGUAGAAGUGGACACAGCAGGGGUCCUGAUCACCUUUAGCAAAACACCUGAGUCCCUGGACCCAGCUCUCCGUUUUACUGACAGAAUGAUAUGAUGGAACUUUUCUAAAGCAUAUUUACCAAUAAAGCCUUUGGAACUAGG